AGUUUGCUCGGCGAGAAAAUGAAACCAGUGAAAAAAUUGUGAGGAGAAAGAAGGACGCAUUGAGAAGAGCUACGAUGAGAGCUUGUGUGAAGUGAAGGUGGAAAUCGAAUACACGGAAACGAUGAAGUGGUACUUUGUUGCGGCACUUCUCACCAUUCUCACCAGCUCUCAGGGAAUUUUAACCACCCUUUCUCAAAGCAAUGGAGCUUAUAAGUAUGAUUAUGCAACCGUUCCGUUUCUUGCUGAAGUUUUUAAGCUGCUCGUUUCAAGUGUACUGCUCUGGAGAGAGAUCCGGACAUCUCCCUCUACGAGGAUAACUGCAGAAUGGAAAAGUGUGCGCUUAUUUGUUAUUCCCUCCGUCAUAUAUCUCGUCCACAACAAUGUCCAGUUUGCUACUCUAACCUAUGUGGAUACGUCCACUUAUCAGAUAAUGGGCAAUCUGAAGAUUGUGACCACCGGCAUACUAUUUAGGUUAUUCUUGAAGAGGAAAUUGUCUACUCUGCAGUGGAUGGCAAUUGUUCUUUUAGCUGUUGGGACAACUACAAGUCAGGUUAAGGGUUGUGGAGAAGCUUCAUGUGAUUCCCUAUUCACAGCACCAAUACAAGGGUAUUUGUUGGGCUUCCUCUCAGCUGGAUUGUCAGCACUAGCCGGUAUAUAUACAGAGUUUUUGAUGAAGAGAAAUAAUGACAGCUUGUAUUGGCAAAAUGUGCAGUUAUAUACCUUUGGAUCAAUCUUCAAUGUCGCUCGCCUUCUUGGGGAUGAUUUCAGACUCGGGUUUGAAAAGGGUCCUUGGUGGCAACGUCUCUUUAAUGGAUAUAGCAUCACUACUUGGCUGGUGGUUCUAAAUCUCGGUUCCACUGGUUUACUCGUAUCUUGGUUGAUGAAGUAUGCAGACAAUAUCGUAAAGGUUUAUUCCACAUCAAUGGCAAUGCUAUUGACAAUGAUCGCAUCUAUAUAUCUUUUCGAAUUCAAACCCACGCUACAGCUUUUCCUGGGUAUUAUCAUAUGCAUGAUGUCACUCCAUAUGUACUUUGCUCCUCCCCACAUGCUCUUGGACCUGCCCGCGACAGCGGAACCUCGUCCAGAAACCCUAAAACAAGUUGUCGUUGAACAAAAGACGGAUUCUUGAUCGGUUUUCGACAUAUCAAAGCUCAGUUCUGCUACACACUCGUGGCUCUCACCAAGCAUUUUGUCCAUAGGAGAAGAAUCGGAAUGAAAGAAACCCACCAUUUCUCUUUCAGAGAAAAAUAGAAAUGAUCUGAUAAUUUUUGUGUAAGGAUACAUUCUUUGUAGAUGUACAUCGAGUGAUAGCAGUCAAAAUUGUUCCUAAGCUUUUUUCUUUAGCUGAUUGAUUGUGAAGCAUUCGAUACAAAAUUUGGUUAUGGAUUGAACUAACCGGUUUGGUUAAGCAAUGGGAUUUUUGGUUUGAUUU